CAGUGAAAUGCAGCACGCGCUGGUGUCGCGACUGGCGACGACUCGCGACAACGACGCCAAGCGAGCAAAACACACACACGUACAGACCGUUUAAAUUUAAAAAGAUAACGGCAUGUGCUUGCCGUGGCGUCUCUUUCAGACGGGAGUGACGCGCGUGAGUUUCUUUCGUGCAAUAAGAUUGACACUUUACUGAGAUCGAGGAAAUAAAGACGUGGGAACGAUGGCUGAUCAAUCAGAGUGGAAGCCUCUCGUACAAAAAAUGGUUGUGGAUUUCGAGUACGCGCUCGACGAGCUGCAGAAUAUCUGGGAAGACAUCGGAUGCACCAAGGACAUGCGAGUGAUGUACUAUGAUCAAGCGUACGAGCACAUAAAGGGCUUGCUGGAUGAUAUGGUGGCCGAGGCACAGUUGAAGAGGCAACGUUUGUUCGAUAAUAUACAGGAUAUGUUAAAACAAACAACAUCACUGUACGCAGAACUACAUAUGGAUAAGACACCUAAAACGUACGAACAGACCCCCUUGUGCAAGGUCGAACAGAUGCUUCAAACGGAUCUGCAAAAUUUGGAGUGCAUGAAGAAGGAACGUAUGAUGAUCUUGAAAGAGUUGUUGACAAAGGAACAUGACAUUUGCAAGAAGCUCGGCUGCAAGGCGCUGAGCAUCGCCGCGAAUGUCGUGCCCACUGAGCAGGAUCUCGAGAGUUUCAAGCUUUAUCUGGAGAAACAGGAGAACGAGAAGGUACAUUUAGAGAGCGUUUUUACAGACAUACGUCGUUCCAUAAUCAAGAUGAUGAAUGAAUUGGAUAUCUCUCCAUCAUCGUCGUUCCAAGAGUUGAUCUGCAAGAAUCCUGAGGAAUUUGUGCUGAGCGCGAGCAAUAUGACAAAAUUGAGAGAGUUCAGAGAUGAGCUGAGUACGCAAGUGGAGGAAACAAAGUGCUACGUUGAAAAAAUUAAGGAAGAUUUAUUGGCGUUGUGGAAGUAUCUUGACGAGCCUGCCGACGUUUGUCAGUCGUUCCUUGAAAGGUAUCCUGGUUACAGUACCAAUGUUAUAAAUGCCCUCAACGCAGAAAUAAAGCGUUGUAAAGAGAAACGGAAGGAGAAUAUUCUUCAGUAUGUUACGCAGAUCAGAUACGAAUUGCUGAAUUUAUGGGACUUGUGCAAAUACUGUGAAGCGGAGAGAAAUGCAUUUGCACCGUUUCAUUCCAACACAUUCACAGAGGAUCUGCUGACGUUGCACGAGUUAGAAGUGGAAAGGCUGCGCAAAUUUUAUAACGAUAACCGAACGAUAUUCGAGCUUCUGGAGCAACGUGAGAAGCUGAUAAAGAAAAUUAAGGACUUGCUCCAGCGAGCGAACAAUCCCGAUCGCUAUUACAAUCGCGGUGGCCAAUUGUUGAUGGAAGAGAAAGAGCGGAAGGUGAUACAAAAGAAGUUACCCAAGAUAGAAGCGGAAUUGAGGCACGCGAUCAGCGAAUACGAGGCUAAGCACAAGCAGGUGUUUACCAUUAACGGUACAUCGUUGGAAGAUGUUUUAGCGGAGACUUUGGAAACUAUUAAUCACGAGAAGGAGUCGAUAAAGAAGGCGAGGAAAGAGGCGAAAGAUAAAUCGAUCAAAAAAUCGCCUUUAAACAGUUCUAAACGGACGCCAGGUAUGUCCCACUUGAGCAUUCACAGAGGUCCAAUGCUGGGACUAUCGAAACGCAAAUUGUUCACCCCGUCUCCCAACUCGUCGAUAAAGCGCAGAAAUAAAAACGGUGACAAGAACAAGCCCACUGUCGCCGCGUCUAAGGUCCGAAGGAGUGGAAAGCUUCCAAAGAUUCAGAAGCCAGGCAGAACUUCGAAAGGCGGGCAGAAAAGGAGGGAAUCGUCGUCGCCCACUAACAGCAUCACGGACACGACGUAUAAUCAGUUUCUGGGCCACGUGACGGGCAGGGAAGAAUUGCACAGCUCGAUGUUGCCGGAGCAGAUACUGAGGAGCUCCAAUAAGCUCAAUAUCAACAAGACGCCGGUACGAACGCCCAUGAAACCGCUGAGGAAACAUCUUUUAACAGCAACGCCCGUCACUCCCGGCUCCACGCGUAAAACGCCGCACAGUCCCAGAGUCAUUCACACCCCAAAACUAGCGACGGCCCCGAGUAACUUACCUUUCAUCUUUUAAACGCGAUAAUAAAUUUUUAAUGUGACAUAAUAAACUUUCUCGCCUGCGAGAAUAAUCUCGAAUCUGGAAAAUGUACGUUCCACGAAAUCCUCACUCCAAUCGUGCUGAAAAUUGCCUCAAAAUUUCAAAUUUCAUAUCACAUCACAUCACAUAUAACAUAUAGGACCGUGUAAAUGUGGGAAUCGAUGUACUUUUAUUGCUUGGUGAAAUUGAAAUGAAAAAAUGUAUUAAAUUCUCAGACAGCACACAUAUCUAAAAGACGUAAAGAUAUUUAGAAAUGUUUUUAAGAUAUUUUAGACAUGCCUGCUUCCAACGUGAUCAAAUACACGGUUGAGAUUAGUUUAAGUUAAUAAAUAUACGCGUUAGUAAUAUACGAUAAAAAGUAAAGGCACAUCAUUUAUAAUAUCUUUCUUUCACCGAACGGGAGUGUAGUUUGAUGCAAUUUUAUUCGCAGCUGUAGUAUAUUAAGUAGAUUAAAUGUUUAUUAUUAUUGUCACACAUAUAUCUAUGAUUUAUUAAUGAACUAGUAUGUAUAGACAUCUUUUUGUAAAUUUUAACGUACUUUUAAGUAGAAUAAUAUUUCUGUAACUUACGAAAAAGGCUACAAGGUCUUUACACAUUUCACGUGCUCUUUCAACAUGUAUGAAACUUAAUUCUUAAUAUAUGUAAUUAUUCCAUGUCUUAACAAAACUUUUACUACUCAUUGCAGCAACAA